GUCGGCAGACGGCAGGGGGACCACUGCAUGUAGGGCAAGGAGGGAGCCUCGAAGACGAUUAGUAGCUUAUCGUAGCAUGGUUUGGGAAAGGCUGAUUCUUGUCGGAUCGAUGGAAGUGAAUGCCCGGACGACUGACUAUUGCUCCUAACGGGGUGCGCGGGGUGAUUCCCGGUACCAACGAGGGUAUGCAAGAGCGACAAAAUGGGAUGGGGUAUUUUGGGCGAAUGGAGAGGGGUAACACCCUAUGCCGGAGUCUGGGUACCGCGCUCGCGACGGUUGAGUUGCGCUUGAGUGGCCCGAAAAUGCCAGCAAAUGUAAGGGAUGGGGUUUCGGUCGUCCUCCCGGAAAAUGGGACGUGGACGGAUCUUGAGCCAGCGUAUCAAACCGUAAUGCUGGAAGGGGAGGACGAGUUUCUUUGGAUAGAGACAGUAUGGGCUAAUGUCAACUUGAUUAGGUUGUCGCCGAGUUUAAUGGAUUUGGAGUUCCGAGGGAUAAUGGAAGCCCGGGGGUGGGUCUACUUGUCACAAGACAGGGAAAAUGCUAUGGUCAUAGAUUUGGCGCUUGGGAAUUCGCCGGACGAAUUGUUUAGGAAGGCAGAAGCGGAGGUUGUAUGGGCUGCGUGUCAGCGGAGGGAAAUGGAAAUGGAAAGCGUAGAUGUGCGGGUGGAACUUGGGGAUAGGGGAAGCGUGAGGCGACCCGUCAGAACCAUGCGAUGUGUGUUGCCUCCCUUUCUGGUGGAUGCGGUCUUCGGAGCUCGGAACAGGCUAUACCAGUGCGCUAGGCAAGACUUUUUUCGGUUGUCGAUAGAAAUGGGGCUGUUUGAAGGGAAUUGGGCGGAGGAGCUAGUUGAGAUGCUAAACUCCCUUAGCAUAGACAAUGUCUUUGUCCCUAGCUCCGUGCAUUGGGGGAUAGUCUACAAAAAUGUGGCAGUAGGGGAGAUAUUCUUGGAAGGGGUGAAGGAGUUGUUCGACAACGAAGAGGACGACUUCAGUGAUGAGGACAAAGAUGAUGAGAUAAAGAACUGGGACUUCUAAGGAGGGUAACUUACCUAGGGGGAACGGGUGGCCUGGUAUUGUGCAGGAACGGGAAAGAUGACUAGAGAGGAAAUGAUGAUGGAAUACACCUUCAAAUGGGAACCAAGGCGACUCAGAGGAGGAAUAGAAAUGCCUAUACCAGUCGAAAACGAGUGGAGGGGAACCACGUGCGACUGGGUUGGGUUUGAGGUUGCCCCGGGAUUAUCCUAUGUAUGGAUAGAGCGGAUUUGGAACCCGAUAGGGAAGAGGAAGGCUGGGAUGAGAUAGCAAAAGGCAAAG